UUUUUCUUUCUCCUUUAUUCCCAGAUUCCUUUUCUCUGCCCUCUCCCUCUCUCACUCACAGACAGACACCCUCCAACCACCGCCAACUCCUUCUUCAACUUCAAACACAAACCCUUACACACUCUCUCUCUCUCUCUCUCUCUCUUUCUCUAAAUUUUCUCUCUUUCUUUAAUUCUUCCUCUGGCCCACACCACGCCACCUAUCUAUCUUCAAAGUCAAGCAAGAAUAACAGAUUACAGACACAAAGGGCCAAACAAACACAAACACUUUCUCUGACACCCAAGCAGAGAAACCAAAACCCAAACCCCACUUCACGCGCCCCAAAAAAGUUUCAAACUUGCCCCACCCCACAUCAAAACCGUUCCGAUUCCUCAUCUGGGUCGUCACCAAUGUCCGCCAAGAGGCACCAGAACGCGAUGCCGGUGCACCCGAUCGAGGACCUUCCGUCGCCGUUCGGAGACCCGGCUCCGAAUUUCGCCCCAUCGGAGCUCCGGGAGACGGCGUACGAGAUCCUCGUCGGGGCCUGCCGGAGUUCGGGGCCGAAGCCGCUCACUUUCAUUUCGCAGUCGGAGAGGGGGGAUCGGGACAGGGCGCCGGCGGCGGCGCCGUCGCUGCACCGGUCGCUGACUUCGACGGCGGCGAGCAAGGUGAAGAAGGCUCUUGGGCUGAAAACGACGUCGUCGAAGGGUAGCAAGCGCGCGGCGACGACGGGGGAGUUGGUGAGAGUGCAGAUGAGGAUUUCAGAGCAGAGUGAUACCAGAAUUAGAAGAGCAUUUCUCAGAAUAGCUGCAGGCCAGCUUGGAAGACGCAUGGAGUCAGUGGUUCUUCCACUAGAGUUGAUACAACUGUUCAGGAGCUUAGAUUUUCCAAGCCAACAAGAGUAUGAGGCUUGGUUGAGGAGAAACUUGAAGGUUCUUGAAGCUGGACUCCUCUUGUAUCCUCGCCUUCCGUUGGAUAAGGCAGACACUUCUGCACAGAGCCUCCGGCGCAUAAUCCGUGGAGCACUUGACAAACCCAUGGAUGUUGGUAAAAACGGUGAAUCAAUGCAAACCCUCCGGAGUGUAGUUAUAUCUCUUGCUUGCAGAUCAUCUGAUGGGUCUAUUUCUGAGACGUGCCAUUGGGCUGAUGGUUUACCACUGAACCUUUGGAUCUACCAAACUCUUUUAGAAGCUUGUUUUGAUAUUCAUGCAGAAACUUCUGUGAUAGAAGAGGUUGAUGAGGUCUUAGAGCUCAUUAAAAAGACCUGGGUUAUGCUUGGAAUUAACGAGACACUGCAUAAUAUUUGUUUCUCGUGGGUCUUAUUUCAUCGGUAUGUUGUCACUGGUCAAGUGGAGAAUGAUCUGCUUUUUGCAUCCAGUAAUCUAUUGGAAGAAGUUGGGAAAGAUACUGGGGGUUCGAAAGAUCCUUUCUACACAAAAAUUUUGAGAAACACAUUGAGUUUGAUACUAAGUUGGGCAGAGAAAAGGCUCCUUGCAUACCAUGAUGCUUUCCAUAAUGGUAAUAUUGAAUCAAUGGAAAGUGUAGUUUCUCUUGCAGUAUUAUCAGCAAAGAUAUUAGAAGAUAUCUCUCAUGUGAACAAUCGGCAGAAGAAAGAAGCUGAUGUUGACUACUCUAGAGUUGAUAAUUAUAUUAGAUCAUCUUUGCGUGCUGUUUUUGUUCAGAAAUUGGAGAAACUGGACCCCAGCAAGCAUCCAUCUAGAAAACAGAAUAAAGCCUUUCCUAUUCUGUCUGUCCUUGCACGAGAUAUUAUUGAAUUGGCUAUUAAUGAGAAAGCAAUAUUUAGUCCCAAACUGAAGAGAUGGCAUCCUCUUGCUGCUGGUGUUGCCGUUGCCACCCUUCAUGUCUGUUAUGGAAACGAGUUGAAGAAGUAUGUUAAGGGUAUUAACGAGUUGACACCCGAUGCUAUAGACGUGCUGAUAGCCGCUGACAAAUUGGAGAAAGAUCUGGUGCAGAUAGCAGUGGAAGAUUCUGUUGACAGUGAAGAUGGUGGAAAAUCCAUUAUAAGGGAGAUGCAACCUUAUGAAGCUGAAGCUGUGAUUGCUAGUUUGGUUAAGUCAUGGGUAAAUAUCCGAGUAGAUAGAUUGGGGGAAUGGGUUGACAGAAAUGUUCGACAAGAGGUAUGGAAUCCACGGGCAAAUAAAGAGGGUUUUGCUCCUUCUGCUGUUGAAGUUCUACGAAUCAUAGAUGACACUCUGGAGGCUUUCUUUCUGUUGCCUAUACCCAUGCAUGCAGAUUUGCUUCCUGAACUGAUGGCCGGUCUUGACAAAUCUCUCCAACAGUACAUUUUGAAAGCCAAAUCGGGCUGCGGGAGCCGGAGUAGCUUCAUCCCAACUUUGCCUGCAUUGACCCGGUGUUCAACAAGAUCAAAAUUUAAUGGUGUAUUUAGGAAAAAAGAAAAGGCACAAGUAAAUCAGAGGAGGAAAGCCCAUGUUGGAACCACAAACGAAGACAGCUCAUUUGAUGUAACCCAGAUGUGUGUUUGCAUCAAUACUAUGCAGCGCAUUCGUAUGGAGUUAGGGGUUUUGGAGAAGAGGAUAGUUGCCAAUCUCAGCAGUUCUAAAUCCUCUAAUGGAGACAUAGCAAAUGGGGUGAGCUUGAAGUUCAAGCUUUCUGCAUCUGCUGCUGUGGAAGGCAUCCAUCAACUCUGUGAGUGUGUCGCAUACAAAAUCGUUUUCCAUGAUCUAUGUCAUGUUCUUUGGGAUGGCCUAUAUGUUGGAGAAGUUGCAUCAGCCAGGAUUGAGCCUUUUCUUCAGGAGCUUGAGAAAUACUUGGAGAUCGUAUCUUCUACAGUGCAUGAUAAAGUUAGAACACGUGUGAUUGUUGAAGUAAUGCAGGCUUCUUUUGAAGGGUUCCUGUUGGUUUUGUUAGGUGGAGGUCCAUCACGUGCUUUCUCUCUGCAAGAUUCUGUUACCAUAGAGGAAGAUUUCAAGUUUCUGACUGGCUUGUUCUGGUCCAAUGGAGAUGGAUUGCCUAUUGAGUUGAUAGAAAAGCAUUCCACCACUGUCAGAGGUGUACUUCCCUUGUUUGGUGCUGAUAGUGAGCACAUAAUUCAGCAAUUUAGUCAACUUACUAUGGAAAUGUAUGGUCCUACAGCUAAAUCCCGGCUUCCAUUGCCUCCAACAGCGGAUCAAUGGAGCCCAACAGAGCCAAAUACACUUUUGCGAGUUUUGUGUAAUAGGAAUGAUGAAGCAGCUGCUAAGUUCCUUAAGAAGAAUUACAACUUGCCUACGAAGGUCUAACAUUGACAAGUAACCACUCUGAUAUGCCACGCCUUCCCACCCAAUAUAAAUUGUUUGUUCGUUCCUUUUUGUGUUGUGAAACCCUGGCCUUGUUUUGAGGACGUGAUCGAGGCAAAGGUGGCACGGUAUGCAUUACACUCUUACUGAUUAACUAUAGGAAAUAUGGUGCUUUAUCGUCAAUAAUGCUCAAAGUAUGCAAUGUACAGGUGUGAUUCUUUGGUUUGCUAAUUUGUUGGCUUAUUUUCAGAUCGUGUCAAAAUGCGAUUACUGAUAGCACGGUAAUACAGAGAUGUAUUUAUAUCGGUUAUUUGUUUUAUAAUUUGAAAAUGACUGGUCUAUUUAUUUGUGCGGCUAUGUAAUUUUCCCCCACAAAAACUACUUGGUUCUUCACCUUUAUCUUGUAAAUGAAAUAAAAUUCUUCGUGCUUUCCUUAA